ACUUCGCAUUUAAGUCGCAUUUCAUUUGGCCUUUUUUGUCUGUUUUUUGCCCCAUUUUGAAACCAACGUAAGGCUGUGAGAGCUGCGCGGGUAGCUUGGCUCAGACCACCUCUAACAACGCUCGCGAAAUCUAGGGUUUCAUUCUGCACGCAGUAGAAGAUGGCAGAGACCGAGGAUAUCCAGCCUCUUGUCUGCGACAAUGGAACUGGAAUGGUUAAGGCUGGGUUUGCUGGAGAUGAUGCUCCAAGGGCUGUGUUCCCUAGCAUUGUUGGCCGCCCUCGUCAUACUGGAGUGAUGGUUGGCAUGGGGCAGAAAGAUGCAUAUGUUGGGGAUGAGGCUCAGUCCAAGCGAGGUAUUUUGACUCUGAAGUACCCAAUUGAACAUGGCAUUGUUAGCAAUUGGGAUGAUAUGGAGAAAAUUUGGCAUCACACCUUCUACAAUGAACUUCGUGUUGCUCCGGAAGAACAUCCUGUUCUCCUCACUGAAGCACCUCUCAAUCCAAAGGCCAAUCGUGAGAAGAUGACCCAGAUCAUGUUUGAAACUUUUAAUGCUCCAGCUAUGUAUGUUGCUAUCCAGGCUGUUCUUUCACUUUAUGCCAGUGGUCGUACAACAGGUAUUGUGCUUGAUUCUGGAGAUGGUGUCAGCCAUACAGUCCCCAUCUAUGAGGGUUAUGCUCUUCCUCAUGCCAUCUUGCGUCUUGACCUUGCUGGUCGUGAUCUCACUGAUGCCCUGAUGAAAAUCUUGACUGAGCGUGGUUACUCAUUCACUACCACAGCCGAGCGGGAAAUUGUGAGGGACAUGAAGGAGAAGUUGGCAUACAUUGCUCUUGAUUAUGAACAGGAAAUGGAAACUGCUAAGACCAGCUCUUCUGUGGAGAAGAGCUACGAAUUGCCUGACGGUCAGGUGAUCACAAUUGGAGCUGAGCGUUUCCGAUGCCCAGAAGUCCUUUUCCAGCCUUCCAUGAUCGGAAUGGAAGCUGCUGGUAUACAUGAGACAACUUACAACUCCAUAAUGAAAUGUGAUGUUGAUAUUAGAAAGGAUUUGUAUGGGAACAUUGUACUUAGUGGUGGUUCCACAAUGUUCCCGGGUAUUGCUGAUAGAAUGAGCAAAGAAAUCAGCGCAUUAGCUCCUAGCAGUAUGAAGAUUAAAGUGGUGGCUCCUCCUGAGAGGAAAUAUAGUGUCUGGAUUGGAGGAUCUAUUUUGGCAUCUCUCAGCACUUUCCAACAGAUGUGGAUUGCUAAGGCUGAGUAUGAUGAGUCUGGCCCUUCAAUAGUCCACAGGAAAUGCUUCUGAUUAAAGCAGCAUAAAUGGACUCAAGUGCUGUGCUAUUUUGAAAAGAAAAUGCUGCUUACAUUCUCAUUCAUUUUGUUGUCUUUUCUUUGUGGUUCUUCAAUUUAAUUUCUGAACAAUCACCUUAAAAAAAAAAAAA